AAUAACAACCCUGAUGGUAAUUGACAUCCUCAGUUGGUCAUCAUUAAUUCUCCUUUACCUUCACUUAUAACCAUAUGAGGAAGAUAUCAGCAUUGUAAUCACCUCUAAUAUAAUGAUGACUGCUGAGGAUUACCCUGUUGUAGACCGCUUGGAGGAGAUCUGGAGGACAGGACAAGAGCUGGGACUGUCACAAGCCCAGAUCCAUCAUGUAUUUGACUCUGUAUUUAACGAGGAAAAAGAAAAGGAAGCUAUUAUAUCAAAGAGCCAUGGAUCUACGGAUUAUAAAAGAACAAUACAAGAUAUCGCAAGAAUGAUCACCAGUUACCUGAAAAUUUUUACUAAAUUCCUUGUGUUUUUGACUGCUGUUUGUAUUGUGGUUUUUAUAGUCAUAUCUUUACAUAACCCAACAAGAAAAUUAGUGACACGUAAUAUUCAAGAUGUGAUCUACCCGUUUAUGACAACUCUGAGAUAUCUGACGUUACCCAUCCUCACAAGAUACCCACACCUAAGUCAGUGGUAUUCGGAAGAGUGUUUGGUGCCAAAUGUGUUUUAUGACCAGCCAAGUAUUGACUGUAUGCCUUGUAGUAAAGACCCUCAACCCAUUAAAACUGCUGGCUUACAAAAUUUUACAGAUAUGUAUUAUAAUAAUGGACGAAUUAUAAUUGUUACUGAUGCCAUGCUUCAAAAUAUGACCUGGGGAGAUUUAACAAAAGAGCUGGACAUCAAACAAGAAUUUGAAAUUGGUGCUUUUAAAUAUUUUUCUGAGACCAACACCUCUAUGGAAGCUUUGCGGUGGUUUGUAAAAGAAGAAACAAUUAAUAGUGAUGAUCACAUUGAGUGGAGAAUUAAUAGGCUAGAAACUUUGCACGUUGUUCGUCAAAUCUUUCCACGGAUGUAUUUUAUUCCAUCGGAAACUGAGGUUGCUCUCCAUCGAUUUGUGUAUGUAGAUGGGCCUGAGGCUGACUCAUAUCCAUUACCACUAACAGAGUUUGCCAAUGUUGUACUCAUACAAGGAGAAGGGAAAAGUGUGUUGACCCUGUCUCCAUCCAGUCAUUGUCAAGAUAUCUGUAAUUCAGUCACUGUCACACUAGAUACCACACACGUCUUGUUCUUUAACUGGAUUUAUUGGAGACCAGUUAGAGUUGGAGGUGAAAGUAUUUCAACACUUGCUAUGAGUUCAUUUUAUUGAGUACUCAGACCCUAAUAAAUAAAAGCAUAUUGCUCACAUAAUUUUAUGAUAAUAUACAGUAAUUACAUACCCAAAAUACUACCACAAGUAUUAGUAUAAAGGCUAGUCAUAUUGAAUACACUUAUGUGUUCUUACAGUUAUGAUUGUCUGAGAUCAGUUUUGUUUUAAUGUUUGAAUCACAAUUUUAACCUUUACAGUAUACUCGUACAUCCUGUAAGAAGGUAAUAUUGAUGUAUACUUCUGAUUAAUUCAAUUGUAUUGUUAUACUAGUCCACAUUUUUAACUACAGUACUGUAGUCAUGUUUUUAAUGUCUGUCAUGGCAUUGUUGUAAGUAGAAAAAAGUCCAUACAUGAAAUAUAAUUUAAGAGUUUU